AUGACCACUCCUUCAAUCACGAACGUGUUAGUCCCUUCUCGAUUUUUAAUUACCCUUGGAUUCCUAAUAACAACCAUCUUGGUGUUGUAUGAACGACAAAGAAAUAUUGAAAAAGCAAUUUAUUCAUCAAACAAAACGUACUUAACUGAAACACAAUUUGUGUAUGACAUUAAUUCUCUUUCGGAUUCAAAGGAAGCUCGUUCAAAUAACCCAUUUGAUACCAAUAUCUUUAAAUCAUCAACUCCAAUGUCACACGAUGAUAUUAUUUCUCAAAUGAGCGAAAAAGACAAGGAAUCUUUUCCUUCACUGAAACUGGAAAUUGAGGUCAAUCAAACCCCUAUAGAUGAGUUUAUGAAAAGCUUGGAAGUCGUAGCAUACCACCCAAAGACGGGAAAAAAAAUAUCACAAAAGGUGAUUCUACCAUUGCAUCCUCAGUUAACUCUGAAUAUUGAUGACUUGAACAUUGACCUUGCUGAAACAAGUCUUACUCCAAAGAAUGAAGAGAUCUCUACUACUCCUUAA